AUGAAGAGCAUUGCCCUUCUUUUCCUAGUAGUGAUCUGUGGCGUGGCAGGAUGGGGACAGAAACUGAAGCCAAAGAAGAGAAGCAAUGGUGAAGAAAUCAAUUUUCGGACUAAAACCAAAGACGUCUGCACCAUGAGCAUGAGUGGGGAUGAGGAGAUGAAACUAAGAAUCGAAUGCAAAAGCCAAGGCAAGUCCUACUGGUGUGAAUACACCGGCAAGCCGUCAGUCUGUCGUCCUUUCCGAAACAAUCCCAAACUCUACUGGAAUCAGAUUGCCGUGGAACUUAGAAAGCUCCCUCAUGCUUGCGAAUCCACACAAGUGUUGAAGGCCACCAUGUGCCAAAAGGCUCCUGCAGAUGCUGUCAUGAAGCAAAUAGCUGCUGGUAUGGAGCCGGAAGACCUAGCAAAUCAGGACAAGUCAGUCCAGAAAACUUCAGCCUCUGUGAGGGGAGCAGGGAAAAGCUCUGUUAAGAAAAUAGGGAAGCCUGCAAUACUACCUCUUAUAAAACCAACCCAACAUGGUCAAGGGUCUGAAAAUGAAACUGAAGCAAUGAAACUGGCACGGGAACAUUGCUGGGAAUCCCUGCAUGGUUUCUGCUCCUACAUUAUUGGCAUCUUUAGAGGUUAA